UAUGCUUCUGCAGUGGAUGUCACUCUGGACCCUGACACAGCCAACCCAUGGUUGCAGCUUUCUCAGGACAGACAUCAGGUGAGACACCUGGGAGCGUGGCAGGACCUCCCAGACCACCCUGACCGCUUUGACACGGUGGUCAUUGUCCUGGGCCGUGAGGGUUUCACCUCUGGGAGACAUUACUAGGUCCAGGUGGGGGACAAGGAUGACUGGUACCUGGGAGUAGCCAGGUCUUCUGUCAACAGAAAGGGCAGGAUCUCUGUAAGCACCACUCAAGGCUACUGGGCUCUUGCCAUGAAGAAAGGCCAGGGUUACCUGUCAACAUCUCCACCAUUACAGCCCCUCGACCCCAAGCCCAAGCGAGUGGGUGUGUACGUGGACUACGAGGGGCAACUGUCAUUCUAUGACGUGAGAGCUCGGACCCAUAUUUACACGUUCAAAGAUACAUUCACAGAGAAGAUUCUGCCAUUUUCUAUCUGUACUGCUGCGACAAAGCCUCUGAUACCAUGGUGA